CCGCGCGCUGCUCAGCUCGAGACAUAACGACGCUCGAGACUACGACAAACACGAGCACGAGACAAACGAGCACGAGCAACAAACAAGCAACCAUGUGCAGAUCAGACACUUUCAGCUACACCGUGCCCGCGGCCACGCGCCGCAGCACAGAGCCCGAGGUCUUCACCUUCGACCGCAUCCACGAGGUGCACGCGCUUACGGCGCAACAGUGCGCGCGCCCUGCACCAGCGCUCCGCCGACGCCCGGUGCGCGUGCUCUACCCGAGCACGGGCCGCCGCUACCUUCCACGCGCCGAGACCAGCCCGGCCAAGCGGUGGCUGCUCGCGCUCUGCCUGGUGGUGCUGCUGCAGAUCUACGCGGAGGAUGACGUCGCCGUCAACGUGGCUACGGAUGAGGUGGGCGCGAGCGUGGCGCGCGCUCUCCCGCCGUUCACGUCCGCCGAGGAGGAGAUGAAAGCGGCGACCGCUGCUGCUGCAGCUGCAGCAUCAUCUUCAUCAUCUUCAGCCACGUGCACGCGCCUGAACAGCUGGACACAGCAGAAGCAACAGCAGAUGUGCCCAGAGAGAGCCGCGACGAGCACGCGCACCUGGAGCGUGAACGAGCACGCACAGGCCCAUGCAGCACAAGCACGCGCACGCAGCGGCUACGUAGUGGCGCUGCUGUACCCGGCGGUCUACCACCACAAGCUGAGCAGUGAGCAGUGAAGCGAGUGAGCGAAGCAGAAGUGUGGGGCGAGAGAGCCGCGUCGGUAAAGACGAAAAACGGGCAAAAACCGUGAAAACGAAGCCCUGGAAGACGCCAGAAUCGUAGAGGAGGAAGAUUGAGAGGAGAAGCGAAAGGUUUCUCCUGACUUCGUGGCGUUUUGGAGAAAGUGAGCUCGAAAUGAGCGAGAGACUGAGAAAGAGAGAGAAAUGAGACUGUGAAAACGUAUAAAACAAGAGUUUAAGAGGAUUAAAACUCUUCUGGACUGUGUUUUGAUGUGAUAUGAUGAUAUGUUGGCGACCAACCUGACGGGAAACCUGAUGAAAACGUGUUUUUAAGCGAAGUUUUGCUUACUGUUUGGAAUCGUUCCUGAACUGAACGAUUCCAACCACGAAGCUAAACCCAGCUUUUGAAGGACUUUACACUUGAAACGAACCCUGGGAUGAAACUUGAACGACUGUUAUAGUUUACUUGAAGCCUUUUGUUUAUGAUAAACGUGUUUUUCUGCUGUUUGAAAGUCGAUAAAUAACUAUAAUCCUGUCACAAGUUAGACCUGUCGGUUCGUUAAAGCCCUGCUUGAUGGCUGGCUGCCUUCUGAGAGGACUCAGCUUCACUGAACACAAACUAACUUUUAUAAAACUACCUUACUUGAACUUUAAAACUUAGCAAAAAGUACAAACACUACACUAAUUUGUUGCUAUUGUUGUUGUUACGAUGGAUGAAGACUUGUUUUGUAGCUGUAGAUAUUUAUUUAAUGCUAUUUAUUUAAUUAAUAAUAAUAUUUUAAGUUGGAUUAUUUAUUUUGCCAUUGUGUGCCUUGUGAUGAUGAAUGAAAUGUAUGAAAAUAAAUGUGUGAAAUGCAAACAUCUAAAA